CAUCACCCAUCACCAACGACCAUCCAACCACCACAACAACUCCCAGCCAUGGCCUCUCUCCCACCCCUCCUCAUCGACCUCCCCAGGAACCCCGUCUUUGCAGUCGGUAUCCCGACCAUCCUGGGAAUGGGCGCCGGACUGGUCACCAACAAGGGAAAGUACGGACCGGAGAGUCUCUUUGAGAAGACGCUCACUAGGCCUCCUUACAGCCCGCCCAAGCAGGCGUUUGGAAUCGUCUGGCCCGCCCUCUUUGCAGCCAUGGGUUACGGAUCUCACCUCAUCGUAAAGUCCCUGGACAAGACUCCCCCUGGCUUCGGUCGCCAGCGCGCCAACCGUGCUCUCCAGCUUUACUACGGUCAGCUCUUCCUCAAUCAAAUUUGGACUCCCAUUCGUUUCGGUUUCGGUCAACUCGGUCUUGCCUUUAUCGACCUAACCGCCCUUAUCACCACUCUUGGAUUCUGGCUCUAUGAGACAAAGGAUGUAAGCGAAAAGGCCUUUUGGUUGAAUGUACCUUACUUCCUUUGGUCGUCCUAUGCUACUUAUCUGAGCGGUGCAGCUUGGUGGUUGAAUGGUGGGGAGACGUUCGUCAAGACUAGUAUUAAGAAGAUUGUAGGUGGAGCAAAGGACAAGGGAAAGGACCUUUAGAUUGGGUGGACGGGUGAAAGAUAAGAUGGCUAGCUGGAAGGAUAGGAGGUGCAGUCAAGGCAUAAGGCAGCGCAGGAUUUGAUGAUUGCUCUGCAGCUUGUCUGUCUGCCUGCUUCCUGUAUCAGACUCGUGGCCUGCUCCUCGAAAGAGUGCGUGUAAUGUAUCCUCACUGCUCACAUCCGCAUGACCGGACACGACAUUGAGUGGAUUAGACGAUACAGGGGCUACAACUGGAGUGAAUCGAAGAGGCAACAAGAAAAGGAAAGCUAAAUCUGUCGCACAAGACGAAAAUCGACUCGUGCCAUCUCUAGACCCUCCCAGCAUCAGCAGCUUUCCGGUAUCCCAAUCUUCCAAGUCCAACAAUCUUUGUGUCAUCUGU